AUGGACUCCACAAGGAAGGUCCAGGCGUCCGUGAUAAACGCCGGAUGCCGCUUCUCUCGUCCGGCAUCUAGCCGACGAGCUCCCGUUAUCAUUGCAAUGGCUUUACUCAUCUCCAUCAGCACCUACUUCCUGCACAGCCUCGACGAUCGCGUAUUACGUCGAUCCUUUGAGCACGAGCUGAGACCCCACAGCGCUCUGGUCGACGACAGAAGCAGCAAUAGCUUUGUGAACUCACACUACGGUAAUACCUCCGAUGUUUAUCACACGUAUGAGCAACUGGGCAAUGCUGGUAUGGGAUCUAGUCUGCUUCGAUAUCUCCUCCUGGCAGCUGGAGGCGGAAUCUAUACCGAUCUAGACACUAUCGCCCUGAAGCCCAUCGAUACAUGGGUUCCAGGCCACCUGCGGAGUCAUGUUCGCUUAGUGGUCGGCAUCAUAUAUGACCAGCAAGACCGUGCGCCACAAGAAGACAAAGCUUACCCGUUGCAGUUUGCGCAUUCAACAAUCGCUGCUGCACCUGGGCAUCCGGUUAUCCACAACAUGAUAUCCCAGGUGGUCACGUCCAUGAGGCGUCCUAUGGUCCAAGACGGAGUCGACGAGGCAAAAGACAGGCCUAGCAACUUCGAUAUUUCGUACAUCACCGGUUCUGCAGUGUGGACAAAAGUUAUAUUUGACUACUUGCAAUCUAUGAACUCAGAUUUGACGGACAUCAUGAGUUUUUCAUACUUGGAAAGACCGACAUUGUGCGGGGAUGUGCUCAUAUUGCCCAUCGACGGCUUUGGCAUGGGUCAGAACCAUUCGGGGAGCGCCAAUAAUGGGCAGAUUCCAGACAAUGCACUUGCAAGCCGCUUGAUUCCCGGCUGA